UGGCAUGAUUGGGUUGGGUUAGGUGCUGGCAAGCCACGCGCGUCUUGACGUGAGCGUUAUGCGAAUAUGCGCGCGAUUCCGCUAGGUCGGACGAGGAGAAGCGGUCCUCUCCUCGUCGACGCUCCGUCCCGAUGAUGAGGAAACUCGUGCCGAAGAUUAUCCGCGGAUUCGUACAAUGCGCGUGCGUGACGUACUGCGUGUACGAGUACCUGGGUGACAUCGUCGUGUGCAGCGGUCCAUCCAUGGAACCCACAUUGUACACCAAUGACGUAUUACUCCUGGAACGGAUAUCGGUUAGAUUGCAAAGGCUCGAGAAGGGAGACAUCGUCAUCUCCAAAUGUCCCAACAAUCCGGAGCAGAAUAUAUGCAAGCGAAUCGUAGGUCUACCCGGUGACAGGAUAAGGGACGGCUUCACCGUAACAACGAUACCUUAUGGGCACGUUUGGCUGGAAGGCGACAACAGAAAUAACUCUAUAGACUCGCGGGUGUACGGACCGAUACCUCAGGGAUUGUUACGCGGACGAGCUUUAUGUAAAAUACUUCCGUUGAGAGAUAUAACUUUGUUCACGACCAAAUUCGCGACCUAAAUUAUUUUCACGUAUAACAGAUAUUUGUGUUAAUGGAGGAUGCUCACUCAACUAUACUCUAGUUAGAUUAAUUUAAGAAAAUAAAAAACUUUACGUAUAAAAUGAAUCUUAUAUAUAAUGCAAACCGCACAGAUACGGUUGUUAUCCAACAUAUAUAUCGCUCCCUAUUUGCUACACGAUGAUGUAACUCAAAAAUUGUCAUUUUUUAAUUGUUUGCAAAAGAAUGGUGAGAAUUUAAUGUAUUGAAUAAAGACCUAAUAUACAGCUAGAUACUUUUA